GUGGGCGGGGCCGCGCAGUCGCGGGCGGAGCGCGGUCGGUGACGGUUCGGGGCCGGGCCGGGUCGUUGGCCGGGCCUCGGGCGGGAUCGCUGCGGCCUUGCUGAGGGUGGGACGCGGGGCACGGCCUGAGGGGUGAGCUCGUCGCGGUUUUAGGCCGCCCGGGGCUUGUGUUCCUCUCAGAGCUGCUGUGAAAGAUGUCCCAGCGAAGGCGCAGCAAAGGACUCGGCUCCUCUCAGGUGAACGAUGCGGAGGAUGAUUUCAUCCCGACCCAGACCGAGCGGCACUCCCAGGACCAAGUGAACCAGAAGGUGAGUGAGCUGGUUCAGUUCCUGCUUGUGAAGGACCAGAAGAAGAUCCCGAUCAAGAGGGCAGAAAUGCUGAAGAGCGUGAUCCGGGAAUACCGAGACGCCUACUCGGAAAUCCUCAACAGGGCGGGCAGGACCCUGCAGCAGGUGUUCGGGCUGAAGCUGGUGGAGAUCGACACCAAGCGCCACACCUUCAUCCUCAUCAACAACCUGCCCUGUGCCCAGGGCGAGCACCUGUGCAGGGACAAGGAGAAGCAGAAGAUGGGGCUCCUCUUGAUCAUCCUCAGCUUCAUCUUCAUGAAGGGCAACUCGGUCAAAGACAGUGCUCUGUGGGAAUUCCUGCACCAGCUCCGUGUGUACCCAGGGAAGCAGCACAGCGUGUUCGGGGACGUCCGGAAGCUGGUGACGGAGGAGUUUGUGCGGCAGAAGUACCUGGAGACCACCCCCAUCCCCCUGACGGACCCCCCCGAGUCCAAGUUCCAGUGGGGGCCGCGGGCAGAGAAGGAGACCUCCAAGAAGGACGUGCUGAACUUCGUGGCCAAGAUCCAGGGCAAGGACCCCACGUUUUGGGCCAGCCAGUGCAGCGAGGCCGAGGCCACCCCCUGACCCCCCCCAAAAAUAAAGGCACCCCUUUGGUGUGCAGCCCCCC